AGACGAAGGGCAAAAGCGGGGAAGAUGGGGGAAGGAGAAUAGAAGUUUGGAUUAUCAUCUCAAAUACUACUCUGCUUGCUCUUGUUUGCACUCUCACACAAUGGAACAGUCAUCCAUGCACUUAAUGCUCCUCCAAUCCCUCGUCUUCCUCCUGACCUGGGCCUCGAUUGACUGCUACGUUUCCCGACACGGCCCCAUCCCUCAAGCACGCACCGUGACGAAGGUCAACAGCUGGCUCUACUCGGCUGUGUCGUUCGUCCUCGUUGUGCUUAUUUUAUCGCCUUCUCAUGACAAGCUUGCGAGACACCUCUAUCACGCCUCCAAGUUCUACGAGUACGUCGAUAUAAUGGGCGUUCGUGCCGGCGGAAAGAGCAUCGAUCUCCAUUUCGCAUUCCACCACUCGACGACACCGUACCUGACCUACUUCCGUGUCCUUCAGCACAGUGAGGGAUGGAAGCCGUUUGCGGCCAUGAAUGCUUUCCAUCAUGUGCUCAUGUACGCGUACCUUGGCGGCGCGUCGCUGUUUCGUCCUAUGCUGGAUGUGACGGGGUCGGCGCAACUGCUUGUGGGUAUUGCGUCAGAUAUGUGGGUGGUUUACGGGAAAUUUGCAUCUGGUCAGGGAGUGCUGUGGCCCAACAUACUCAGCAUGAUGUUGCUUGGAACAUAUUUUAGCUUGUGGGUGAGAGAUUUGAAGAUCAGAGCAAGAGAUCGUAGCCCAACUCAAGAGAAGAAGGGCAAGGAAAUCUGAGAUGGUCAAUAGGGUGGCUUAUUCCCGUUGGCUUUGUGGAGGUGUAGGCAUAUUCUCAGUUGCAGCCAAAGAUCAUGGCUGACAUACAUCCAUUCUCUCAAUGUACGGCGUACUGUUAGAU